ACUUCCUGUGUUUCGUCAGAGAAGACAGAGGCUGAAGAAGGCAGAGAGUCGUGCACUUUUAUUGUCAGGGGGUCCACACACGCAGCACUGUUGGCCAUAGAGGGGUAGGAAAAACACUUAAGCUGUGGUUUCAACAGACUUUAGUUUGAUUUAUGGGAGCUCUUCAGGUUCAGCGAGAGUGACUGAGGAGACCGAGCAAGGAGGAGGGGAAAGAAAAGUGUCAAUCUGUUGAGACUUGUUUGGGAAUUUGUAGUAGGGGAGGUGGGGAGAGACAGAGCCAGCAAGAGGGAGAAGCAAGGAGAGCUCAGGCGUAAACAUGAAGCUUUUUCUCAGGAGUUGAAUAACAACAGCAAAGCAGGGGGGGGAGAGAGAGAGAGGCAUUUUCUGGUUUAUUUGAAAGGGGGAAGCUGUUUGUCGUGACAUCCAGAUAAUGUGAAUACUUAAAGUGUUUUGCAAUCCAAUGCUUUUGAGCUGAGCUGGGCUGGAGGGGGGGAGACUGGAUCUCCCCAGGACACCAUAUUCAGGUUCUCCACAUUCUGGUACGAUGGGGACCAAAAGGCCCAGCUGCACCAUCUUUGACACUUCAUCUAACAUAAACAUGUCUGACCGCAAGCUUCAGCCAGGUGGAAAAAUCUCCCGGGAUCCAAGUCCCAGGCCAGCGAUGACUGCGCAGUUGGAGCGAGACAGAGACGGCAACCGAGACGAAGACAGGAGGAGGGAAACAGAUGUGGGGAAAAACCGAGACAAAGCUCGAUACAAAGAUACUGAACCACGGGAGAGACACCGUGAAAGAGUCCCUGCAUCCACACUGAGAGAGGGGGAGAGAGACUGGAGGGAGAGGGAAAGGAGGCAAGAAGACGACAGAAGUGGAAAUGGGCGGACAAUGUCAAAUGUAGAUAGGGGAAUGCUGAGAGAAAUGGAAAGGGUCAUGAAGAAAGGCGACACGUUUCCCAAAAUGAGACAAAGCAGCAAAGAACGCGACAGAAGGAUGAUGUCCAACACUGAGAUUGAUGACGAAAUAAGAGAGAGUCGGCAGAGAGACAGGCCGAGGAGAAUGGAGAUAGAUGAGAGGAAGUGGCAGAGGGAGAGGUACGGAGAGAGAGAGAGAGAUGGAGUCAGAAGCAGGGCAAAGGAAGAGGGGAAGAGAGGUGUAGCGAGACCUGUAAAGGAUGAGGAUCUAAGAAAGAGGGACAGAUAUCAGGAAUCUGAUGGUGGUUUUCAAGACCGGGGGAGAGAAGCGGGUGACUCAUGGGACAGAAGAGAAAGAGAAAGAGAUACAGCAAGAAAAGGAGAUAAGUCGAGACCUAACAUGAGCGACAGGGAGGCACAAAGAGACAGAGAUUUCUACUCAAAUAGGAAGGAGAGGGAAGCAGCACAGAGAAGAGAGGGAAAGCGAGACACCAGAAGUGAAGGAGACAGUGAUGAGAGAGAGCUGAGGAAGGAAAAGGUGAGGGACAGAGAGGGAGAAGAGUUGAUAUAUCAACACAGCAGGAGUGAGGGAGAAAAUACAGGCAGAAGGCUGAGGGACAGAGAUGGAAAUAGGCAGAGAUCCAGAGAAGGGGACAGGCCCAGAGACAGAGACCGAGAAAGAGACGGGGACACAUCCAAGAGGAGGGGAGUUGAGAAAGACAGGGAGAGGGACAGAGAGGAGGACAGAUCCAGGAGGAGAGAAAAAGAUCCAGUGAGGUCCAGGGACAGAGGCUGGACAAAUGAGAGGAGAGACGAUGACAGAUACAGAGAGUACGAGCAGAGGGACAAGGAAAGGAGGGAAAGAGGGGCCAAUUCGAGGGGGGAUGAUACAAAAGGCAGAAGCAGUAGAUCCCCAAGCAACAUGACUUCCAGGGCGCCACCACGAUCUCAGAGCAGCGGAGAGUGGAGCAGCGACAUGGACAGUGAGACAAGAUAUAGAAGGGGAAGAGACAGUUAUGAAGAGAGGGAAUCAGGGAGAGAGAGCACCGCUGAGAGUGAAAGAGACGCCGAAGAGUCCAGAGAUCCACGCAGAGCUGCUGAGAGGGAGAGACAGAGCGAGCAAAUAAGAAAUGAAAGAAAAGAGAAAGGCCGAGGACAAAUAACAGGCAGCGUACCAGAGCAGAGGAGGAUGUGGUUAGAGCCGCAGAGGGGUAAAAAUAGUGAAGAAGAUUUUGCAAACAGAGAGAGACACACAAGGCAGAAAGAGAGGAGGAGAGAGGAAGAGGGGAGUAUGGUGUCACAGGCAGAGAGGGGCAGAGAGGUGCAACAAGUAAAAGAGGAACCAGAUGAGAGGUACGCAGACUACAGCAGUUACAGAAAAAGACACGCAGGGAGAAAUGAGUACGGGACAGACAUGGACAAGGAGACGGAGGGUCUAAGUGUAGAUGGAGACGAGGCCUGGAGAGAAACUGAUAAGGGAGGAACAGACUAUCUGUCUGACAGCAGCAGUGGGAUGGAGAGAGGCUGGCAGAGGGAUACAGAGGGAGAGAACACUGAUAACACGGAGGAGAGUGGCCGGGAGGAAGAGGGUGGGACCAAUUAUUUGGCCUGCUCUGAGAAAGGAAGUGAAACAGUGAGGAAGCAAGAGAGGGACAGUAUGCUGUCAGUAGAGGAUGGUUUUGUCACUGUGUCCAGCGGCGGAGACGAGGAUGAUGACAGAGAGGAGGAGUUUGAGGACUGUAAGGAAUUCUGGCAAGGUGGCUCCUCACCUGUUGGCUGCAAGGGCCGUGAUGGAGACAAGGAGAGGCCGGAAGGACGCACAGUGGGGCAGGAGGAGGACCAGGGGAGGGAGAAGCAGCCAAAGUACGUCUUCUGUGUGAUUGGACAAACUUUACCCCGGUCAAGAGCUGGUGAUAAGUCACUGUCUCAGUUUGAUCAGAUGGGAGGAGAUGAAAGAAAUGAGUCACAUUUCCAAAUGUGUCACAACUACAGCAAUGACAUUGCACAGCAUCCCCAGGAUGACCAACGUUCCACUGUGAGAGGAAAUGAUGAUUACCUCAUCAACAACCAGGACACGGAAGGCAGGAGUGAGCUCAAGGACAAGACACUCGACACAAGCAAAACCACUGAAGAGGACAUGAGAUACAGAUCGUCUUCAGAGCCUCAAGACCCAGAGGCUGGAGAGGAAAUAAAGCGUAAAGUGGAGAACCCCUAUGACGAAAUAGGGCCAUUUAUCAGCAAAGAUGCACAAACUGAAAGACUUCUCAUACAGUGGAGAGAGAAAAAUAAAGACCGCACAGGAAAAGAAACCACAGAUCUGUCCGGAGUCCCAGGUAAUCGUGAUUCAAAUGUUUUUUCUCAGGCCGAUUUUGAAAAACUUCAACCCAUCUUGGAUGGGAUUAAAACUGGAGUAAUGAGUCCCGAGGAGGUGGAGGCCAUUCGAAUUCGACUGAGUGGAGCAUGGAGCAUGUCUGAGGAGCCCAAGCGACAUUCCCAAGCCCCUCACCUCAAAUGGGCCAAAGAUGUGGUUCGUGAGAUCCUGGGACAGUCGGAGGAAUUCAUUGAGGACGAGACAAAUGCAAAGGACGGAGGAGAGCAAAUGGUCGACCGGCCUGAGAUGGUGAUGAAAGAGGACAAAUGGCAUGAGGAGGUUUCUGAGCCAGAGCUGGAGGAAGGAGAGCCACUGGAAUUGGAGGGAUUGAGAGGUAUGGGACAGAGCCAAGCUGACAUGCAUGCUGAGCAGUUCAUAGCUAUGCAUGGUGACACAACUACACACACUCAUGCUGACACACUGUUAGAUUCUGAGGCGAAGGAGGAGCACACUCUGGACAAAGAGACCGAGCCUUCUAGUCCUCUUCAGCUAGAAACGGCACAUGUAGAGGUGCAUGUAAGUCAGGAGGGAGGGGGUGAGGCUACAGCGUCAGACGAUGAAAUAGAAGAAGGGAGUGAGGAAGAAAUGAAGAUGUUUUUAUCUGUGAGCAAUACGCUUUACAAGCCGAACAGCUGCCCCAUCCUUAAUUAUGAAACAGAAUCUGACCUCCUCGCCCCCUCCAGAGAGGGUAACAGCCAGGAGGAGGAGGAUGACAGUGAAGAGGAAGGACAGGAAGGGGAGUCUGAGGAGGGGGAUACUGUAGGAGAGGUGGGAAAGGUGAGCGCAGGAGAAGAAAAUGCAGUGGACAGCAGAGAGGGAGAGGAGGUGGCAGAAAAGAAAAUAGGAGGAACUUUGAAGAGCACCUGCAGUUUCCGAGAUUUGGGUCCCACGGCUCGAAUACGGAGGAGGGGAAUCCGUAAGACCACUGAAAGAAGAAAUGCAGAGCUUUUAGAAGAGGAAGAAGAUGAAGGUGUUGGAAGGGAUCGCAGAACCAGAAUAUUCUCUACAACAGAUGAUGAGGACGACCGAAGCAAAAGCUGGGGAGAAGUGGAGCUCAGGAACGUCUUGGACACGAUUGACAGACGGAAAAGGAAUUCAAAGUUCUUCAACGCUGCCCAGCUCUACCAGCAGUACAGCGAGGCAGCACAGAACUUUGAGAUCCUGCGUCAGGCUCGCUCCGAUGUCCUGUCUGUGUGUGAGGACAAUGUUCCCUCUCCUGCUCCAUCACCUCCUCCCGCCCGCAGGCCUCUGCCUCCUUUACCUCCUGUCCCACACCCGCACUCACUGUCCCACACGGGCUCCGUCACCAGUGUCAAAAGCUUGCCUCUUCCUGAGCCUCCCAAGAGUGAAGGCAGGCCUUCCUCUCCGCGUCUGUCCGUCUCGCUCACACAGAGCGCCACACUGUGGCGGGACCUGCCCGGGGUCAGGAACAGCGGUCAACUGGAGGAGCUCACAGAGGACCAGAGGCGACUGCAGGAGGUGAGAUUUGAAGUUCUGACCUCAGAAGCUUCCUACUGCAGGAGUUUGGAUAUUGUCGUUGAACACUUUGUCAAGUCUAAACAGCUGGGGGCGCUGUUGACCACUCAAGACCGAAACUGGCUGUUUUCCCGGCUGGCUGACGUCCGUGCCAUCAGUCACAGUUUUUUGUCAAAGCUGGAGGAGCGUAUGGAAUCAAAUAUUGUACACUUCACCGUGUGUGACAUCAUCGCCCGACACUGCCAGCGCUUCAAAAUGGUUUAUGUGCCCUACCUCACCAAUCAGUCCUAUCAGGAUGCCACCUACCAGAGACUCAUGAAUGAGAAUCCGGGGUUCAGGCGGAUUGUGGAGAAAUUAGAGAGGAGUCCUGUUUGUCAGAGACUUCCUCUUCGCUCCUUCCUUGUACUUCCUUUCCAGAGGAUCACAAGAAUUAAGCUGCUGGUCCAGAACAUCGUGAAGAGAACUACUCCAGGUACUGCGGAGGCGACGCAAGCCAUCAAAGCGCUGAAGCUUCUGGAGAAGCUGAUUCAAGAGAGUAACGAUAGCAUCUCACAGAUGAAAAGCAUCGAGUCCCUGGUGUGUCUUAGUGCUAAAGUGGACUUUGAGUGCAGGACUCUUCCCCUGAUCAGUCAGUCUCGGAGGCUGGUGCGAGAAGGAGCAGUCACUGAGCUGAUGGAUUUCUCUCUCAAAGACACAGAGAGGAAUAUUUACAUGCACCUGUUCAACGACUACCUGCUUAUUUCACUACAAAAAGAAGGGGGGAAAUUCACCGUGAUCGACCACUCUCCUGUGUCAGAGCUGCGUGUAGAAAACUGCCGUGUCAAACUUCACUCUUUACAGAAGAACCUGUUUCGGCUGCACAUCCCGUCACACAAAUCCCUGCUGCUGCGAACUGACACACUGAGUGAUAAGCUACGUUGGAUAUCUGCUAUUUCUAGGCCACAUCCUGAGAUUGAUUUUUCUGCAGCUCAAGAUUUCCCACAGAUGCAGUGUAUCAGAGCUUUUGUUGGUCAGCAGCCCGAUGAGCUGUCCUUAGAAAAAGCUGACAUCAUUCUUGUCCACCAACAGAGCAGCGACCAUUGGGUUGAGGGGACCAGACUGAGUGAUCGGCAGCGUGGAUGGGUGCCAGAGUCCCAUUUGGAAAUCAUAAGCAACUCUAGGGUCCGACAACGCAAUCUGUCCGACGCGCUCAAGCUUACGACUGCCACAGCUGCUGUUUGAGCGGGGUGUGAGAAUGAGAAUGGGGCUGAAAUGUGGGACGCCCUGGAUGACCCACUCAAGUUGUCUGCUACAGAUUGCUGGAAAAUGGACAAUGGACAUUCAGUGAAUCAAAGGGAUGCUGUUGGAAUGCAUCACAGUGUAGCAUUGGCCUUUUCACUGAGAAAAUAUUUUGCAUCAGGGCAAUGCAUGAACUGCUGAGGCCAACCUGAAACACUUCCAAAGUGUUUGUGAGUGUAUUAUGGUCUGCGACAACACAAACAACGUUGAGUGAAAGAUACUAAAUCAAUGGAGAUGUAUUUUUUUAGACAGGGAAAGGUGAUAUGGAAAAUGACUUAUUGUGCAUAUUGAACUGAACCUAAUAGAUGAUUUCAUGGUACCGGUCUCAUACAUGCUGAAGACCUGAUGGAAAUCUGAAUAUGCAAUAAAUGAACUGAAAGAUUGAUUAGGCAGUGAGGACAUUUCAAUAAACUCACUUGAAGAGAUGUGUAACCUGA